AUGUUCUCCAUUAGUUGGAUUCUCACAUGGUUCGCACAUUCAUUCACUGACUUAAACAAAAUAUAAAGAAUUUUCGAUUUCCUUCUUUGUUCUUAACCAUAAACCAUUUCUUAUUUAUCUGCUGCACUUAUCCUCAUUACAAAAGAACAGCUACAAGAAGGCUUAAAUGAAUGUGAAGGUGGAUUUGAGCAAGGAGUUAUUUUUUAGUUUUAUCAAAAUGAUAAUUUGAACUAGCUAGAGAUAGAUUUCGGUAAAUGGUUCUAAAAGUGCAAAUAUCUCGAAAAAACCUAUAAAUUUGAUAAAUUACUUUUGUAAUUUGAGCUACCAAAAGACUCUAAUUUAUAUGAGCAUCAGUUUAAUCAGCUGCUCACAUAUAGAAAAGAUCUUAAUAGAAGAGGAUUAACUAAAUUGUUUUACUUCGUUAAAAGAAAAUUAACUAUUAAAAAUACACCAUUGAUAGUAGCUUCUGGAUUAUUUACAUACUACGCUGUACACAAUAAGAAUUCUUUACCUAAACUACUUUAAUUUAUCAAAGAUAGAGUUGUUACUAAAAAUAUUUUUACAGUUUAAAAUGUAGCUUCAGUUGCUGUAACAAGCAUAUUAGCAUUUUAUACAAUUAAGAAUCUUUUGUUUAAAUUAUUCUGA